AUGGAUUUCUGUCUAGAAAUCCGACACAAGCGUCGUAUCACUGUCGCAGCCGCGUCCAAGAUUCUUGCCAACCUCACUUACGCCUACAAGGGAUACGGACUUAGCAUGGGAACUAUGUUAGCAGGAAUGACGCCCCAAGAAGGACCCGCCCUGUACUACAUCGACUCCGACGGUACCCGCCUCCCUGGUAACUUGUUCUGUGUUGGAUCCGGUCAGACUUUUGCUUAUGGUGUGCUGGACGCCGAGUACAAAUACGAGCUGACUGAGGAGGAGGCAUUGAACCUCGGUCGCCGGGCCAUUCUGGCUGCCAUGCACCGUGAUGCUUACUCCGGUGGUUUCAUUAACCUGUACCACGUCAAGGAAGAGGGAUGGGUUCACCACGGAUUCGAUGACAUGAACCCUAUCUUCUGGGAGACGAAGCUCCAGAAGGGCGAGUUCUCCAACGUGACAUCUGCGUUGUAA